AUGGGACAGUACAGGAGAGCAUGGGAUGGGAUGGGAUGGGACGGGACAGGGUGGGAAUGGAAUGCAGGCCAGGCUGGCCCAGCCGGUGGGUCUGGGCGGUGCGCUGCCUCGCAGGUGGCCUACGACACGGGCGACUACUACCACUCCAUUGCGUGGCUGGAGGAGGCCGUCAGCCUCUUCCGCCUCUCCUACGGCAGCUGGAAUCCCGAGGACCGGAGCAGUCUGGAGGAUGCUCUGGACCAUCUCGCUUUCUCCUACUUUAUGGCUGGAAACGUCUCCCAUGCCUUGAGCCUCUCCAAGGAGUUUCUCCACUAUGACCCCAGUAACCGAAGGGUGGCGAGGAAUGUGGCCAAGUACGAGAAGCUGCUGGAGACGGGGAUGGCGGCAAGUGCCGGACCCCUGCGGCGACCCAAUGGCACCCGCCUGCAGAGCCGCGAUGCCUACGAGGAGCUGUGCCAGCGCCCAGGGGGGCAGCCAUCCCCGGAGCAGCUUCCGCGCCUUAGCUGCUCCUACGAGACCAAUGGCAGCCCCUACCUCCUACUCCAGCCUGCCAAGAAGGAGGUGGUCCGGAUCCGACCCUACGUGGCAUUGUACCACGAUUUCAUCAGCGAUGCCGAAGCUGAGACCAUCAAGGGCCUGGCGGGACCCUGGCUGCAGAGGUCCGUGGUCGCCUCUGGAGAGAAGCAGCAGAAAGCCGAGUACCGAAUAAGCAAGAGCGCCUGGUUGAAGGACACGGCCGACCCAGUGGUGAGGGUGUUGGAGCAGCGCAUCGCUGCCGUCACCGGCCUGGAUCUGCGGCCACCCUACGCCGAGUACCUGCAGGUGGUCAACUAUGGCUUGGGAGGUCACUACGAGCCACACUUCGACCACGCCACGUCCAGGAAGAGCCCCCUUUACAGAAUGAAGUCGGGCAACAGGAUCGCCACAGUCAUGAUCUAUCUGAGCGCGGUGGAAGCUGGCGGCUCCACUGCCUUCAUCUACGCCAACUUCAGCGUGCCCGUGGUUAAGAAUGCAGCUCUCUUCUGGUGGAACCUGCGGAGGAACGGGGACGGUGACGGGGACACCUUGCACGCUGGCUGCCCCGUCCUGGCUGGGGACAAGUGGGUGGCAAAUAAGUGGAUCCACGAGCACGGGCAGGAGUUUCGGCGGCCGUGCAGCACCGACCCGCAAGACUGA